CUUACCGGUCCACUCAUUCACCUGCCUUCGUGCACUAGGCACCUUCACCUCUUCGUCUGGGCUGCACCGCAUGACCUUCGAAUCAUCUCUUUCCCGACACCUCGGUGCGGAUGCUCCUCUCACGAGCACCCCAGGCUUGAUCUGAAAUCUCUUUUCCGUCUAUGGGUGACUUUCUAUCCGAUCCAAGAACCUUAUCUCGGUAGCUGCUUUGAGCCCCAAUCUUGUCUUGUUUCCUGUUUGCGUAUACUCCAUUAGUGUCCACCGCUGCCGGCACCCAAACAUUCCAGCCGGUUGCUCUUUGUCCGUUAUCGUCAUUCGCACGCCUUCCAUAGGCCACCGACUUUAUCUAUACCCAUCGUUCCGCGGUGCCGGCCAGGCCCCCGAAGAGCACGCGAGUUUUCCGAAGAGGACGAGGUCCUCGCUACAGACAGCAACAUGUUCUCGGAAUAUGCGUCCAGGUUCUUGGCGCAGUCGCAAUCCCGACUCUCCAACUUUGCAGGCCAAGUCGAAGGCAACGAAAAUCGACCACGACAACCGAACGACUGGUCAUCGCGACCUCCGCGAAAUGGCGGACGGUCCUUCCUCGGCAGAGGCUACGGUGGAAAUCCUUACCAGGCGGGCAGCUCGCGUUUUGGGCAGAUGGGCUUCGGCUCCCGCAUUUCCACCGCCCAGGACGCGCCGCUCUUUCACAGCACGCUCGACGAGUACAUGGAGGACGACGAGGGGGACGAGAGGGACCGCGAAGCCGCGGAUAUGGCCGCUCUUCACAUGUCGCGGCGCGUGGCCGCCGCGAGCAAGAUGGCAGAGAGCUCUGAGACGGAACCAGACGCCAGUCGCGGCUCGCUGGAGCAGAGCAACGAGGGCCCCGGGCGCAGGUACCAGGACCGCGGCCUGCGGAGGGGUAUCCGUAGCAGCUGGAACGGGACGAGGAGUUUCGGCGGACGCACUCGCGGGAGGGAUGUCAUAGACGAGGAGGGAGAGGGUAUCCCGCGUGAGGGCUCCGAUCGGGAUUCGGACACGAACCCUAAAAUGGUCGACAUCGGGUUGGACUCCCAGAUUCAGGACGCCGACGGCGGUCACGACGACGACGACGACGACGACGACGACGAUGACCCAUCUGCAUCUCUGCUGAACGAGGCGCCGACGGACUCUAGCCCGCCUGCAUUCCAGAAGUUCCGGCCCAAGUCCGGGGACCGCCGCAAAUUCCCACUGAGGAGGGAAGCCACUCAAGAGGACGACUUUGAAGAGGCUCAGCAGGCGGGCUCGGACGACGAGGCCCUCCCUGAGACGGUUCCCCUGGCCGAAGGGGAGAUUUUCAAGUAUGACCCCUUCUUCGCUUGGAUAUUCCUCAUCGCGUUGGCUGGUCUGGUGUCUACGUUUGUGCUCGUCUGGCUGCACACGGGCACGCCUAAAAAGGGAUGGGGCGACACUGUAUACACGACAUUACAAGCAUCCUUCCACAUGCUGGCCGUCGACACUCUCAUAUCGGUCCUAGUGUCUUUUGUCUGGCUGGCGGCGCUUCGGUCAUUCGCACGGCCGCUGGCGCUCGUGAUUCUCGUUGCGGUACCCAUCAUCAUGUUUUCCUUCACGUUGUAUCCCUUCAUUUCCAGCUACGAGGGCCGGUCGCAUGGGGCCAGUUUUCAGGACCGGGCCAUGCGGUGGGCUGCACUUGUCCCAGCCAUCUCGGCUGUAGUCUGGGUGUACAUGGCCUACAAGGGCAGGUAUGCCAUCCGCCAGGCAAUUGAGAUCCUGGAGUUCUCCACCAGGAUUCUCGCGGCGAACACGGCUCUCCUCAUCUUGGGUUUCGGUUGUCUAGCAUUAAUAGUGAGCUGGACGUGGAUCUGGAUGUGGAUGUUCUCGAGAAUCUUUUUAGGGGGCUACUUUUCGCGGAGGCUCGCCAGGUUCAUCAUCAGCGUGUCCAGCUGGUGGCUUGGGAUCUGGUUCGUCCUCAUGUACAUGUGGACCAUCGGCGUCAUCAAUGCAGUACAGCGCGCGACGACGGCGGCAACGGUGUCACAAUGGUACUUUCACCGCAACGCGGCGCCGGCACCGACGUCGGCGGAAAUUGUCACGGCGGCGCUCAACCACGCGACGACGACCAUCUUUGGAAGCAUCUGCGAGUCGACGCUGCUGGCACUGCUCAUCCGGGCGCCUCUCCUCGUGCUGCCUCGGAGAGUGGCCAACAUCCUCCAACACAUCGCAGCCAUGUGGAUUCCGACCCCUAUCGCAGCGCUCACGAAUCCUUUGACCAUCACGUACGGGGCGAUUCACUCGCAGAACCUGCACACGGCGGCGCGCGGCCUUAGCCAGAUGGACUUCCUCUCGCCGCAGCGGCCGACGACAACAUUGACACCGCAAGUGUUCAGCUCGAGGCGAUCCAGUCACUCUCCUUUGCUUCCCUAUCGACUGGCAAAGAUGCUUUUGUAUGCAACACGGUUCAUCAUGGCCACGGCGCUCGGGUUUGCGGGAUGGGUCAUGACAGCGAAGCAGCUCUCGAUCGCUCUGCCGGAUGGGAUGGGGGUACGGGGUUCGGCGUACGCAUAUGUGGUUGGCAUAGUGGCCAGUUUCAUUGGGUUUUCGGUCAUGGGAGCCAUGGAGGGGAUUCUCAGCGGCAUCUUGGAUGCGGUGGUCAUCUGCUACGGUAGCGAGCGGCGAAUGGCCAGCGGAGGCGGCGCCUACUGCAUGGAGGCGGCCUACCUCUUCGGUGAGAGGCGGCGGGACGAACGGGGCCUGCCUUGAGAGAGGGGUCGUGUUUGUUGUAUCUUGAUUUUGCAGUAUUCGGGUAUGAGUGAAAGAUUGCAUAGUCAGUCGUUGACGGCUUUCGGAGUUCCCUGUGCAGCGUAGGCUUUGCAUGUAUAGAUGUGAUAGACGCCU